AACCUCCUCGGCGCUCCCAAAAGUGGAGGCUCCCUGCGCGCUGCGAUGGAUCAAGCGCUCUGCCGUUCCGUGCUCAUCACCGGCGCCAACCGGGGCAUCGGCCUGGGCUUGGUCGAGGGGUUCCUGGCUGCCUCCCCCUGCCCAGAAGUCGUCAUCGCCACCUGCCGGUGCCCUGAAAGCGCUCAGGAGCUACAGAAACUCUGCAAGCAGUACAGCAACAUCAGGGUUUUGCCGCUUGAUGUGGUUUCCGAAAACAGCAUCAAGGAAACGGUCAAGAAGGUGGAAGACAUUGUUGGGGAGAAAGGGCUGAACUGCCUCAUCAACAACGCUGGCAUCAAUGUCUUAGGUUCUCUGGAAGACGUCACCACGGAAGCCAUGCUCAGGACCUUCGAGACCAACACUGUUGCCCAGCUAAUGCUCUCCAAGGCAUUUCUGCCGCUUUUGAAGACAGCUGCCAAGCAAAGUUCCACCAUGGGGUGUCACCGUGCUGCAAUUGUCAACAUGUCAUCCAUCUCGGCCUCCAUAGGGCUUGCAAAAUCCAAUGACAUUUACCACGCGGUAUACCCUUACAGAAUUUCGAAGGCGGCACUAAACAUGCUCACAAAGUGCCUUGCUACAGACCUGAAAUUGGAAGGGAUCCUCUGCAUCGCCCUCCACCCAGGCUGGAUCCAAACGGAUAUGGGAGGGACAAAGGCUCCAUUGAAGGUGCAAGAUGCUGUCCCAUCGAUCAUCUCUCUUUUAGCUCAGCUCAGCGAAAAAGACAAUGGUGCUUUUCUGGAUUGGGAAGGGAAAACUUUGCCCUGGUAGCAGUAGCUCCUGGAUUCCAAGAACCUGAAGCAACAGCUUGAAUCUGGAUAUACACAUUUUAACAGGAAUGGACUUUGAUUUGCUCACUGGUGUUCCGCCUCACUGUGUUUUUAACAUACACAUAGCAAUAGCUAUAUUGAAUGUGGUCCGAAAUCCACCUCCGUCCAUCGUAGCUAGUAGCUGUUUGACAGGCCUCCCACAUAGGAAGCGGCCUCAUAUCACGUCAGACAUUGGUCCAUUUAGUUCUGUAUUGUCUACACUGACCGGCAGCAGCUCCCUAGGGUUUCAGGAAUGGGACAUUCCCAGCCCUCCGUAUGAGUUAGGCCAGGCUGCAUCCAUAGCUGGGACAAGUAUUCUACCACACAAGCAAUCAGAAAACUGUCUCAGCCUAUCAAAGCAUGGAUUACCUCAGCAAGGAUCAUGCCAAUCUGAUUAGUUGCUCGGCAACACCUCCACUCUGAGAGUUCGUCUGGCUGUCAAUAGUGAACACUUAGCUUGCUAACUGAAUGAUCCCUGCUAUUGUAUUCCCAACAAGGUCGUGGUGAAUAGUGUCCAAGAGGGCUCAGAUUAAUUUGGAUACUCAAGACAGAAAAUCCCACUGGUGUAUUUCCUCUUUUCCUGGUAGUAAAAAUACAAAAAAAUAAACAAAUCAUUUAUUAGUCGCUUCCCACAAGGCAUCACAAAGCAAUUUACAACAUAUAGUCCAUAAGUUUAUUGUUCUGGCCGGAGGCCAUGACAAACUUGUAGCAAUAGUAUUAAUAAAAUAAUACAGAACACACAUCUAUAAUAUAGGCCAACGUCUAUGAUGUAACGGAGGCAAGAUAGCAGAGAUACCAAAAAGCUUAAAUCUAGCUUGAUUUCAGAUUAAACCUCCGAAUCACCACCACAACUUAUAGUGAUUUCAUCUAUCUCAUUUUUCCUUAUUUAUUUUGCACCCAGUGCACAGAGGGCCACUCUGUGUGUUGCAAAGCUAUUAUUGUCACUCAAAAGAAAUGGAACCAUUUCUGUCAGGGUGCACCUGCUUGAUUGUGUGAACGUGAUAUUGGGUCUAUAUAAGGUGCAGGCUAACAGAUAAUGAAUGUCUUCCACCUGAGGCUGACCACAAAUACAAAGUCUAUCUGCGUACAGGACCUUGUAGCAGUCAUCCCAAACUGCAGUGGGAAUCACUUGGAAACGCAGCUCAAUAAAUACAUUUCUUAAGGAAA